CCUCCUUACAGGCUCCGCCCCACCACCACGCCACCAUAUACUAUGUACAUGACAGUCUUUUGUUUACGUUGUUGAUCCAAUAGGCAGUAUUGUAAUUGUAGUAGGUGGGUUUGUUUGAGUAAUACGUUCUUAGCGUUUGAAGAAUUUCCACAUUCAUUUCACAUUGCACUUCGGUUUGGUUAUCUUUGGAACAUUUGAGUGUAAACUUACUGAAGUAUAACAAAUAAGUGAUCUUUCUCAUCGGUGCUGUUGUCUGUUGUCAUCUAUAAAGUCGGAGUGGAAAUCUUCAAGUGCGGAGAAACCGCAAUGAACACACUCCCACUGGAAGUACUGGGUAAAAUCAUAGAGGACCUGACACCCGACGAGCUGGUAGCGUGUUCUGCCGUUAGUGUUGGCUGGAGGGAUGCCUUCAACCAGGACAGUCUGUGGAGGCCACUCUGCAACGAGGACACGGCACAGUACCUGGAGACUGCGGAGAGUAGAGUGGACCCUAGGUUUGAGUCUCCGGAGUCACAGGACAGCACGCUGAGUCCUGUCUGUCGCUGGCGGAUGUGUUACAUGCGUGAGAUUCACCUGCGAAAAAACUGGAGGCGAUGGAACUGUAUCAAAGAUGACAUACCGGUCAAGGAUUUUAAUCUUAGUGAUAUGUAUAACUUCGUUUCUAAAGACUUAGUCAUCAACACACAACAAGAUUUAAAUAACAAAGUGGAUGUUUCACUCUGGAACGUCAAAAGCGUUCCAGUAAGAUUAGGAAACCCAUUUAGUAUCUCGUUCAAUGGAGGUGAUGUUAUAAUGGUCAAUGAAAAGUUUUCAGUGAUUGUGAAGACACAUCACGUGGAAGUUUACAACUGUGAGUCAUCCUGUGACUGCGAGUGGCCCAUGAGGUAUUUUUUCUUUGUUGGUGGGACUGAGACGUAUCUAUCUGGUGACAAAGACAAGAUUUUGACUAACGAUAAUGUACACGAAUGUAUCAAAUCUUAUUAUUUGACAGGAACAUUUUUUAUUUAUGUUACAACAAACAACAGUGAUCUUCACAUAUGGGAUCUCAAUGUUGGUACAGAAUUAAAUCGAGUGAAGUUCCGAGACGAACUUGUUCCAGCUGUUGAAAGUAUUUACAACAUUAUCAAAUCCGAGAAUGAUUCAAAAGAUUUUGUCCUAGUUCAGAGCUAUGAAGCGAAAAACGUAGUUGCCAACGUAUUCCGUGUCUACAGCCUGAAUAGAUUACAGUUCCUCCCUUUCCAAGUGCGUCAUGACUUCCCUUACCAACGUGUUAGAUGUAUUUUAUUGGACCAGUUUGUUACUGUUGCUAAAAUAUGGGGUUCUGUUCACAUAUACAAUUAUAUGAAGUCUGAAUUGAUUGUGAAAGUGUCAACCACUUGUUCUGGCAUUCUAGCGUUUGGAAGAAACAUGGUGAUUUGUGAAGAAGGGAUAAUGCAUGCAAAGUUCGAUUGUUGUACUUUAAAGGUAGCACCAUAUUCAAUUAUCGACUUAAGUAAAAGCAUGUCGGAUUAUCAAUUGGAGGAUUACUUGUUGGAUAAGGUAUUCUGCAAAAUUACAGGCAAUAUACUGCAGUUGUCGGAGGAUGUAAAGACUUUUGUAUCAGACGAUGAAGUAUGGUUUACAAGAGAAAUGUUUUCGUUUGAAAGCUACAAAGUUAAUGAAUCUCAUACCAAGUUACUUUUUAAAUGUCUAUGCCAUAACCAGUAUUUGCUUAAAAUUAUCACCUUUUGGUAAUUUGUGGCGAUAAUUUUAAAUACAUUAUAGCCAUUCACUUUCAUUUUCUAUUGUUUUUACAUAUUUAAAUGUAAACAUUGCAACAGUAUGCUCACUUUCAGGAAUACUCAACUACGUAUCUUUACAUAUGAUGGUAAAACACUGGUAAACACAUCAUCCAUUACAUUUUAAUACAGUCAUUUUAAUAAUUUUAAUUAGUCUGUAUUUCUAAUUUAUGGGUCAUAUGUGACUUGGAGAACGUAGGAGGAAAAGGGAUGUUCAAUGCAUCUCCAGGGGUGAUCUGAGAGGUAGAUCCAGGAAAGAACUAAUUUUGUUCGCAUUAUCCCUCAUCUUACGGGAAUGGGAAUCAUCUGGAAUGGAGACUCUUUAGAACCAGCUCCUACUAUUCCAACGGUAUACCUUUAUAUAUAAUAGUGAUUUUAGACUAUAUCAGUGGAUAUUCUUUUACAUGUGAAUAUACUCAAUACUACAGUUUUUUGUUCUUUAUAACAAUUAAUUUACUGAAUUUUGUCAUCCCGCGCCAUAUUAAUUCGAUUACAAUUUAUCAUCCAAGCAAUGUUUUUAUUUGAUCUUUUAUUGGAAAUGUAACAUAAAAUGUACACAUGUGUCUAUUAAUUUAGUUGAUGUACUUCUUAAUCAUGUCAAUAAAUAUUUGUGUGUUAUGUUCCUUGAUUUCUUUGAAAAUAGUUUUUAUUAUUUUACCGUUUUGUCUCUGUAUCAUCAUGUUUAAUCUUUGUUCUAUCUACGAUAAUCGUUUUUGGUUUAUUAUCUGGAAUGGAGACUCUUUAGAACCAGCUCUGACUAAUCAACGAUAUACUUAUAUAAUAGUGAUUUUAGAUUAUAACAGUGGAUAUUCUUUUAUACAUGAAUAUACUCAAUACUAUUGAUUUUUGUUCUUUAUACAAAAUAAUUUAAUGAAUUUUGUCAUCCCGUGCCAUAUUAAUUCGUUCACAAUUUAUCAUCCAAGCAUUGUUUUUAUUUGAUCUUUUAUUGGAAAUGUAACAUAAAAUUUACACAUGUGUCUAUUAUUUUAGUUAAUUUACUUCUUAAUAAUAUCAAUAAAUAUUUGUGUGUUAUGUUCCUUGAUUACUUUGAAAGUAAUUUUUAUUAUCUUACCGUUUUGUCUCUGUAUUAUCAUGUUUAAUUUUUGUUCUAUCUACGAUAAUUGUUGUUGGUUUAUCAUCUGGAAUGGAGACUCUUUAGAACCAGCUCUGACUAAUCUAACGAUAUACUUUUAUAUAUAAUAGUGAUUUUAGAUUAUAACAGUGGAUAUUAUUUUAUACGUGAAUAUACUCAAUACUACAGUUUUUUGUUCUUUAUAACAAUUAAUUUACUGAAUUUUGUCAUCCCGCGGCAUAUUAAUUUGUUCACAAUUUAUCAUGCAAGCAUUGUUUUUACUUUAUAUUUUAUUAGAAAUAUAACAUAAAAUGUACAUA